UUCGAGUCGCGCUCGUUGAUCGUUCCAAUCUGUCGCGACAUGUUGUACCGUGUGGACACGCGAGUUUGAAUUGGAGCCACGUGGUUUCCGGUGCACGAGAAUCGUUCUCCCAAAUAAACGCGUCCAACGACGCACCGAUUUUAUUCGUUUUCCCAUCGACGUCGUGUCGUGUAACAAAUUGCAAUUCACUCGCCGCAUUUUCGAACUACAUUUCGGUGAUCGACGAGGACCGAACGCGAUAGUUUAUCGUCGACAGAACAAUGUGGCAUAUCGAACGUGAUAAACACAAUUCUUAGCUGCAGCGCAGGUCGUGCGACUUGUCGCAACGAGAUGUUACUCCCUGUCGCCAUGGUAACGUCGCGCGGGUAACCGGAUACUUUUUCCUCGUUCGAAUUCGCGCGAUGUCGUUCCUCGUCGCGUCCACGUUACCGCGACAGUUUCAUUAACGGUUGCGUGUCUCGCGAGGCAGGGACCACCGGCGGGUUUUGUUAACGGUGCGGUUUCGCGACGGACGUUGUUUUCAGUGCGCGGAUCGUAUCGAGUUUCCGAAGGAAGUGCGAAAUGUGACUGGGAUCCACGUUUCUGCUGAGCUGUCAUUGGCGAUCCGGCCAGCGGAGUGACGAACGCCACGCUGCUAUGUCCAGGAGGAAGCAGGCGAAGCCGCGAUCUCUCAAACGAGACGAGGAGUGGGAGGACGGGAACGAGCAGAAUGUCCUGGAGGUAACCGAGCAGGAUAAUGGGACAACGGGAAUUAAGCAGGACGAGGAGGAGGAGGAGGAGGAAGAGGAGGAGCUGCAGCGGGCGUUCAGUCGUCAUUCCGAGGACUAUCUCCAAGAUGGCAGGCCGUCGUCGACGCAGGGUCCGGACCUAGAGAACCACAACAGCCUCGACAGCGAAGCACUCGGAACCGGAAGUUCGUCUUGGCACAGCGAGGAUGGCGGGCCAAACUCGCGGCGAGGAGGAGAAACGCCUUCGUCUUGCGCGACGCCAACGUCAGCUAGCUUCCCGUCGGAACCCGAAGUCGACGCCGACGUCGGCGUCAACGCCGACGGCAAUAACGCGACCGCCCCUUAUCCAUGCCAAUUCUGUGACCGCACUUUUCCGAGGCUUAGCUACCUGAAGAAGCACGAACAGAGCCACGGCGAUCAAAUGCCGUAUCGGUGCAGCUGGUGCGCCAGACUAUUCAAACACAAACGCAGCAGAGAUCGACACGUGAAGCUGCACACCGGAGAUCGAAGAUAUCGAUGCACGCACUGCGAGGCAGCUUUCUCCAGGAGCGACCACCUGAAAAUCCACAUGAAGACCCACGACACCCAGAAGCCGUACCAAUGCACGGCCUGCUCCCGAGGCUACAACACCGCGGCCGCCUUGACGUCGCACAUGCAGUCCCACAAGAAGCACCACCAUCAGUCUCAGGGCGCGACGAAGCUGCAGGACGUGGACUACGGUCGUCGCAGCGUGUCCUCCCACAGCACGUCCUCGCCGCCAGUUCCCAGUUCCCCGUCGCCUUCGUUGAACCUCGCCCUGAACCCGAAAGCCGGGUUGAAAAGCUCGCACGGCAGCGCGUCGACCACGCCGAUCCUGAGCUCUCCGCUGAAGCUGGCCUGCAUGUACUGCACCAGGGACUCGUUCAGCUGCAUGCAGCAGCUGCAGAUGCACGUGCACACGAUGCACCAGGCGAUUCUCAGCGGCGAGAGCGUGGCGGUGCCGCCGUCGCCCAGCAGGAACGCCGAGCCGGCCGGUUACCAGCGAGAGAAAGGAUCGCUUCGGUCGGAGGGGUCCUCGAAGGACCACCACGAGAGGAAGUACCAAGAGGAGGCGGACAGAUCGACGGAGAAGGACCAGUACGAGAACGCGUUCACGUGCAACCAGUGUACCAUGAAGUUCUCGACGUUGGCCACGCUGAGGGACCACCUGGUCUCGAUCCACAGAACCGACGGAUUCGGGUCCGCGCUGAUGAUGUGCCCCCUUUGCGGGAUCCCGUGCGCCUCUGGCGCGGCCUACGCCGAGCACUACGUCCUCCAGCACUGCGAGAACCGGAGACUGGGUCCUAUGGACGGCGUGGAGUACGGGGACGCGAAGAUGAACGGUAGCUACGGCGACUCGAAGACAUCCCGAAGCCAGAAGACACGGGACUCGAUGUCGGAGCCGGCCGAUUUGACCAGCAAACAUUCCAGACCCACCGAGAGCAGCUACACCGCCGGCACCCUGCUCUGCGGACAGUGCGGCGCGGCUUUGAAGGACUUCGAGUCGUUCAGGGAGCAUCUGGCCAGGCAUCUGCAGGCCGAUCACAGGAACGACGCCAUGAGGCACCCUUGUCCAAAGUGCGAGGCCAGCUUCCAGGACAGGGAGGACAUGCUGGCGCAUCUCACCAAGCAUUAUCUCGGCCAGAUCAGCAAGGAGUACGCUUGCGGGGCUUGCAAGAAGCUGUACACUCAUCCGGAUCUGCUGCAGAGGCACCUGCUCGACAGCCACGCGCAUCAUCUGUACAGAUGCGCCUUGUGCAGGGACACUUUCGAUUCCAGGGUCGCGAUACAGGUGCAUUUCGCGGUGAAGCACAGCCAGGAGUGCAGGAUCUACAGAUGCAACGCGUGCACCGUCUCCAAUAACGAGAACUCGCCCGGCAACGCGCCCGGCGAAGGGCGAAGCUUCUUCAGGAGCGAAGCGGAGAUGGCGAACCACGUCAGGAACGUGCACGCGCCAUCCACUGUCUCCAAUAGCAGCCCCGUGGCCAGGAGUCCCGCCUCCACCCCCGGCGUCACCGGCAACGCUGUCCCCAGAUGCGUGUUCUGCGGGAUCUGCUGCAACUCGGAGCUGGAGCUGCAGCUUCACCUGGCCAGUCACUCGACCAGCUUGUACAGGUGUCCUAUCUGCAGGGAAGGCUUCGCCGUGGAGUUCCUGCUGGACAGACACAUGGUCCAGGCCCAUCAUUCCAGCGACCAUCAGGCCGUACGCAGCAGCUCCAGGGAGAACGGGAGGGUCGGGCGACCGCCUAGAACGCAGGAAGAGCCGAGGUCCCUGAAGAGGGGCCGUUCCCCGGCCUCCAGCAACAACAACUCCUUGAACCAACGGGACAACAACAACAAGCGGCCGAAUUUAAGCAGCACCGGGGGCCAGCAGUGCGAGCUCUGCGAGAGAGGAGAGUUCGCGAACGAGGCGGAGCUGCAGGCACACAAGAAGCUGGCCCACGCCCCUGCGAAGCUUCAGACCAAGUCUCUGUCCAGCCUCAGCAUGACCUGCGCCUACUGCGGCGAGGUCUGUCGCUCCAGAACCGAGCUGGAAUCCCACACGCGGAUCCAGCACGCCUCCAACGAGCCCGGCGGCAGGCACAAGUGCAACAUCUGCGACGAGGUGUGCCCCUCCGGAGCGACUUUGGCCGAGCACAAGUUGCAGAAGCACUGCAAGAUCCAGCUGAGCGACACCUGCGUCGUCUGCCGCGGGAACCUGGCCACCGAGGCCCACUUCCUCGAGCACGUGCAGAGACACAGUCUGGAGAACGUCGACCCUCAGCAGCGACUCGACGGCUCCCUUCCUCAUCUCCCCGCCGCCUGUGUCGUCUGCAGACAGACCUUGAUCAGCGAUCUGGAGUGCCGUCUCCACGCCAGGCAUCAUCUCAGAUCGUCCACCAGCUCGCAGAGCACCGCGUCCAGUCCUAGCCCGAACCAGAAGAGCCAGAGUCCAGGGUGCUGUCUCUGUCUGAGAGACUACUCGGCCGACGACUUCGUCAGCCUGCCUCCUAGCCACAUCACCGGCGGAGGACAGUCCUUGAGGGUCUGCAAGUCCUGCUACAUUCGCCACUCACAGGGUCUGCCCAUCUUAAAUUCGCCCUACGAGCACGCCAGAGGGAAGAACGACAGAGGCUGGAUCCCCAGCAGCAAAGAGUCGCAAUGGGACGGGUCUCGAGAUAGAUGGGAGUCCGAUAGGGUCUUCAAAGCCGAGGACAGGGUCGACGAGCAGGGUGAUAAUAAAAGAUGUCAAGACUGCGGGGUGAAGUUCGAAGAUCCUGAGGAAUUGGAGAAACACAGGCUCGCGGAGCACGACAAAGUUGCAGCAGGGUCCAACACGUACACCUGUAUACAGUGUCAGAUGUCGUUCCCGUCGGAAGCGAAGAUACAGCAACACGUCAGAAAGGAACACCUAGAGGCGACGGGAAAGACUUCUAUCGAUGCUCUACGAUGCCAUCUGUGUCUCUACGAGGCUAGCAGCCCCCUGCAGUUGCAAAGCCACCUGAUAGAGCACACCUUCGCCGGCUGCGCUGCUCUCAGCUGUUACAUUUGCCAGUCCCUUUUCACUGCUCCGAUCGGUCUUCAGAACCACAUGCUGCAAGAACAUGGUCUUGGUGCCCGACCCUAUGAUUGCUCGAAGUGCACCUUGAAGUUCUUCUUCAGGGCCGAGCUUGAUCAUCACGUGCUGACGUUCCAUCGUCCUGGAGAAAUGUCACCGCCCCACGAAACCGUGCAGAACGUCGAAAUGAAAGCGGCCGAGGCUGAAGAACAAAACUGCGACGACGGCAUCACCGUGAAAGAGGAGAUGUUGCCGGACGUUGUCGAAGAAGAGGAGGAGAUCAAUGUUGACGGGCAGAUGGAACACGAAGAGGUGGAGGAGAAGCAGGUGGAAGUGAAACAGAAGAUGAAAACCGAGGUGGACGAGGAGGCUGCUCUUCCCGAGAAGACGGAAUCGUGACUCCCUUGAAAGGGUACCUGACAUUGCGAAGAGAAGCUUGAUUCCGCGCUGUCCGAGAUUCGUUGUUGAAUCUAUCGCGUCUAGUAUUACCGCAGAGACUCGGCUGAACAGACAAUCGCUUGUAAAUACGUUCCUGUUCGUUUGAGUCAACGUUGUUUUGUUUAGAACAUUGUUGCGCGAAAGAUACAGACCCAACUGUACUGGAAGUCGUCCAGCAAGCUUUCUCGGAAUAAUCACCGGAAAACAUACAUAAGAUUGUAAAUGUAACUCGUUUUUACAGUUAGAUUUUUUAAGACAUCCAUAACGAAGUCUAUGUGAUCAAAUGUUUUCGCGCGUUGAAAAUUGUUCGAAGAGUAGCGGAUUAAUUUUCUUUUUCUUUUUUCAUGGGAACAACGUUCCCAUUAAACUUGUUCGUUAUUGUUCCAACAUGGUUUUUCUAUGCACAGAGUUAUUGCGAUAAGAUAGGUUGAUAUCGAAAGAUCGUGGAUCAGGCUGAACGAUUCUGACACGAGAAAUUUUUAUUGAAAAAAUUUGUCAACAUUGAUUCUUCGGGAUCUACACGGUCUUCUCGAUUCUGUUAAGAUACGGUUAUUUUCUCUUUCGGAUUUAGAUAUAAAUUGCUGCGUUGAAUUUCUUUUCUUGUUCACUUUUUACGUCAAUUGUUAACAUUAUUGUAACGUUGUUCCAUUGCGUUUAAUUUGUUUAAUGCGAAUGAUCUGCCCGAAUGAAUUUGUAACAUAAUGAUACGUAGUCGUUCCCGAGUACGGAACAUCCUCUAUGACUGCGAUUCACUGUAAAUACGUUGAAUAGUAUUAGAAACUAUUACUCAUCGUUUGAUCGAUUCGUCUGUACCGUAAGCGGUAAUUAUUUAAAGGAAGCAGAUGCAAUAACCUGUCCACUAGGCUUAGCGACAUUAUAAGAUAGUUCUUUACGAAAUAAAUUAUUGUUUUAAAUCGCCGAAA